AUAAUUGAACUUUGUUUAACGCAGAGCUAUCUCUCUCUCUCCCUACUCCGGUUCCGAGAAUCCAGCACCCUUCACAAUCAUACCUCAGCGUACGAUCAAGGGUUUUGUGAAUAUUCUUCUUGGCAUUUUUCUCUUCUGGGAUUCUAUGUUCCUCGGCACAUAUCAGGAAAAACAUCCUUGGAGGCUUGUAUGAAACACUGAUUCCAAGAAAAUCGAGGACUGUUAAAUUGUACUUGGUGGCGGUCAUGGCAGCUGACACAACGGCCCCAAGUUAUUGGUUGAAUUGGAGGUUCUUACUCUGUGCAAUAUGGAUCUUAGUAGCUAUGAUGAUUGCAGCACUUUUAAUUUGGAGAUAUGAAGGGCGUAGCAAACCUAGAUACCGACAAAGUGGAGAUGAACAGGAAGCAGCAGGAUGUUUGUAUGAUGAUGAAGUUUGGGGAACUUGUUCGAAAUCAAUCCAUCCCAUUUGGAUGCUUGCUUACAGGAUAGUUGCAUUCAGUGUACUACUUGCUUUGCUUCUUGCAGACAUUAUCAUCCAUAGUGGCCGCAAAUAUUAUUUUUACACUCAGUGGACGUUUACUUUGGUCACCCUUUAUUUUGGGCUUGGGUCUUCGCUCUCAAUUCAUGGAUGUCUACGUUACCAUCGUGAAGCGGAAUCAAGAAGGCACUAUUGUGUUGGUCCAGAUGCAGACCAUGGCUCAUAUGUACCACUCGGGGAAAAUGCAGAUCUGUCAAGCAUGACCGGAAGCUCUAACCAUCAUGGUGAACCUAAUUGGAGAACUGCUGCAUCAGCUUGGGGAUAUGUCUUCCAAAUAGUUUUUCAGAUGUGUGCUGGGGCUGUGGCGCUCACAGAUAUAGUCUUUUGGUCAAUUAUUUACCCGUCUCUCAUUACCAGAAAUUACAGAUUAACUUUUCUGGUUCUUUGUAUGCAUUCUGUCAAUGCUGUUCUUCUCCUCGGUGAUGCAAUUUUAAAUUCCCUGCGGUUCCCCUUCUUUCGAAUAGCAUAUUUUGUUCUCUGGACGUGUAUUUAUGUCAUUUUCCAGUGGAUAAUCCAUGCUUUUGUAUCAAUGAGGUGGCCGUAUUCUUUUCUAGACUUGUCAUCUCCAUAUGCUCCCUUAUGGUACUUUGCAAUCGGGUUGCUGGUUUUUCCAUGUUUUGGGAUCUUUAUCAUCAUAUUCAGGGUCAAGCAAUGCUAUUUAGCAAGAUAAUAUUUCAAUGCAUCGAAUAUGAGCCUACAAUCUCUAUAUACAUACACCUCCAACAUGGUAGCAGCAAUAGCUCAUGUUGCUCCCAAUUGACUGAAGGAUGUACUGAUAACUUGGAUCAUAUGUAUGUACUGAUUGAUUGCUGACAAUGAUUCACAAAUUGUCACAGUGAUCAUUUACGACUCUGUAAAAGCUGUGCCUUGACCUAGUGUUUAGUGUUACAUUACUUUUCUGGGUUAAAUCUUUCAGGAGAUUAGCAUCUGAGAGUUGAAUAAUAGUUGUCUAAUUGUCUAUACAGUAAGACCUGGAGGAUUUUUAAAGAUCCUUUAAUUUCCAUUUUAUCAGUGAAAUGGGGAGAGACCCAACAAGAUUUUGUUCA